CGAGGCUGCAGGUGGCGGCCAGUCCAUACUUAUAUUUCAUGUUUUGUCAGAGGUUUCACAAGUCUCGAUCAAGAUGAAAGUCGUUGCCGUUCUCCUCGUUUUGUCCGUUGUCUCAGUCUCAGUGUAUUCUGAGUCGUGUUCGGCAGUGAAGGACUGUAUUGUGACCGGGUGUACCGCUGGUGGAAAUCUCGUCUGUGAUGAUGACGGAAAAUGCACGUGCGAAACAGGCCAUCAGUGUACGGAUGGGGAAAAUGUUGGAGUUAACUGCCAUAGCGGAAGGCAGUGUAGGAGCUGGUACGACUCAAGUUUCGACCACAAGUGCGAAUGUGCAGACACACAUAGUCUACAUUGUAUUGAUGGGAAAUGCAAGUGUGGAUUUCCAUCAAACUAAGGAGGCUCCGUUCUCUAAUUCGAAGAACAAAAAGAAAAACACAAUGGAAAAAAAUGAAAUAAAAUCAUGAAUGUUCAGACGUA